AAUUAUCCAAUAUAUAUUGCUAGUAACACUUGAUAAAAUUUUGUUUUAUUAAUGAAGCUCGACUAAGCUUGGUAGAUCUACAGGCGGCUAUAACUUUUGGAAAAAGAUGAAGGUAACUCUUGAGUCAAAUCCUCUGUUUAAUUGAAUUGUAUAAAUAACAUUUUGUGUGUUGAUGAUGCAUAUAGGAUCCGUUUAGGUGCAAUAUGGAAAUUUGAGAUUGGGUAAAAAAUAAAGUGUUGAAGUACAAAAAUGGAAGAAAGAGUAUUACCCAACUAAGUUUCGAUGUUAGUGAUGUGUCUAUUAUUCCUAUUGUAUGUGUCUAUUAUACCAAAUUGUUUGAACCAUUUGAGUGCCAUGAUAGAUAAAACUAGUGCAAGUUCAUCCAUCCAGAAAGACAUGAUGUAUGGAAGUGAUAUUAUAAGCAUGAUCCUAUGGGUGAAAGGAAAAGAUGCUGAGUACAACAACCUUCUCGGCUUGGUAAAAAACAUUGAUCUUUCAUCUAAUAAAUUGUUGGGGGAAAUACCAAUGAAAAUCACAAACCUAUUUGCUCUGAUUUAUUUGAACUUGUCCAAGAAUGAGUUAAGUGGUCACAAAGUAUUGGCAAUAUGGAGUCAUUGGAAUCCAUUGAUUUCUCUGGCAACCAACUCACAGGGGAGAUCCCUCAAAGCAUCACAAACUUGAACUUCCUGAACAAGCUAGACUUGUCCUACAAUCACUUGGAGGGCAAAAUCCCAACGGGCACUCAGUUGCAAAGCUUUGAAGCAUCCGAUUUCGUCGGCAACAAGCUAUGUGGUCCACCAUUGCUGCUCAACUGUACCAUGGACGGGAAAGUUCCUGAUGAUGAUGCUAGUGACAAUGAAAAAGAGAGAAAGAAUCAUGGAGUGAAGUGGCUGUUUGUGAGUGUGGCUUUUGGAUUUAUAGUGGGAUUUUGGAGAUUUGUGGGUCCACUGUUCAUAUUCAAAUCAUGGA